AUCUGGGGAUCAGCAUCCAGCGGCGGCAAGUUACAACCCCGCAGGACAUCAGGACUUCAGCACUGCAGCAACAUUGAUAACUACUGCGUGGAUCGACCGCAUUCGUAUCCCUCCCACGCCAGACAGAGACGACGCCUCGCCCUUUCAAAAUGAGCCUGAAUCUCCCUUUGAGACCCGUGACCUCCAACACGAGUACCACCGUGGCCUCGCCGACGCCGAGCAGAAGGAACCAGGAAAGCCGGAAUUAUUUCCAAAGCUACACGCCGCCAAGCUCGACGGAAGCAAUCAACGGACCGGUUAGGGAACCAACACGAGAGUUGCCCCCUGUAAGCGACCGGCUCAUUGUUGGUGUCGACUUUGGGACCACGUUCUCAGGCGUCGCUGCCGUGUACACGUCGACACCCGACGAUGUUGAAAUUAUCAAGACUUGGCCUGGUGGCAAUGGCAUCACCUCGGACAAGGUGCCGACCGAGAUUGCCUAUAACUACCUACCAGACGCACCGGAAGACGCGGACCCCACGGUGAAAUGGGGGUUCCAGUUCAAGCCAGAGGAGUCACGCCUGCGCUGCAUCAAGCUCUUCCUCGACCGCUCACAGAAGCUGCCGUUCUACGUGAGCCCGCAAGAUACGGCCUCUCAACUCAAGCGCUUCAACAAGAAUGUCGUCGAUGCGGUCAGUGACUACCUGACCCAGAUCUACAAGCACACCAUGGACACAUUGACCCGACGGUACGGAGAGUCCUUCAUGGCGUCGACACGCGUCGAGUUUGUCUUGACCUGUCCGGCUGUCUGGAGUGAUGCCGCGAAGAACACCACACUGCAGGCGGCAGAAAGGGCAGGCAUGGGUAGCCGAUCUGAUCUCCAAAUGAUCAGCGAGCCCGAAGCCGCAGCAGUGUAUACCUUGAAGGCGAUACAGCCGAACCACUUGAACGUCGGGGACAACUUUAUCGUCUGCGAUGCAGGUGGCGGAACUGUCGACUUGAUCGCCUACAAGAUCAUUUCACUGAAACCCCUGAGGGUGGAGGAGUCCGCCGUCGGUACCGGUGGACUAUGUGGCAGCGCAUUCCUCAACUAUAGAUUUGAAGAGCACGUCCGACACCGCCUUGGAAAGACUAGAUUCGACGACAUGAAGAAAAAGAAGGGAAAGACGUGGCAGAUGGGCCUGCGAUAUUUCGAGGAGUUUGUGAAACGUAAUUUCAACGAGGAUGAGCAUCAGGAGGUUAACAUUCCAUUUCCCGGCCUGGCCGACGACGAAGAGGCGGGCCUCGACUCUGGCUUCCUGGUGAUGACGGCGCCGCAGAUCAAGGACAUAUUCGAACCGGUGGUGAAAGAGGUCACGGAUCUGGUUCAAGGUCAAGUCGAGGGCCUGCGCGCCAAGGGCGGCAUUGUCUCCGGCAUCGUCCUCGUGGGUGGUUUUGGACAGAGCGAUUACCUGUACCGACGGCUGAAGAGCCACUUCAACAACGCGGCCCCGCCGCCCUACAGCGAGCGACCGACGCACGCCAACGUCAACUCUUUGCAGGAGGCCUCGUCGAUAGAGGUCAUGCAGCCGGUCUACGCGUGGACGGCCGUGGUACGGGGUGCGGUCUUGCGGGGGCUAGAGGGCAACAUGGUCAUUUCGAGAAAGUCGAGGAUGCAUUAUGGGACGUCCUAUGCGACUGUAUAUGACGAGGACCGGCAUUCCGUGACAGACAGAUAUUGGUCGCCGCUCUGGGAGCGGUGGAUGGUAUCGGAUCGGAUGCAGUGGCACAUUGCCAAGGGGGAAUCAUUAUCGCCUCUCGCGCCCAUUGCAUUCCACUACACGCGCAACUUCAGACCUGGACAGUCCCUCAUUGUGACGGACGAUUUGAUUGCCUGCGAUGCUGAAGAGCCACCGGCGGCGUACACGCGCGACCUGAUCCACGUCUGCACACUGACGACAGAUCUCAACGCUGUGCCGAGGAGUCUGUUCACCCGUUUGACUACGACCAGAGGCGUGGAAUUUGACAACCUGGACUUUACGCUGGAGAUGAUUGUCGACAGCGCUGGAUUGGGUUUUGAGCUCAAGGUGGACGGCGUGAGGUAUGGAAGGGUGGAAGCUGAUUUCCACUGAGAAGAACUUUGGACGGCGUUUUUGAAAAAGAUAACCUGGGAGGGCUUUGGUUAAAAGGGUGAGCAUUCUUAUAGAGUUCCGCCAAUUCUUUUCUGUAUUCACUGUUUGCCAUAAUCUAAUAGUGAAGAAGCUGCCUACUUUACUGAUGAUGAGUCUAUGGCUA